UUUCUUGACACAUGCACAGGAUAGAGAAUCCUGGAAUUAGUUGUUCUAUAUUCUGAACGACAAUGGUGUUGCUCUCUACUUUUCCUUUUGCUGUGGCAAGUAGCAUACUUGUAGCGGUACUGGUGCUGGUCCAUGAGUCGAAUGCUCAGCUAAAUUCUACGUUUUAUUCAACCUCGUGUCCGAAUGUUUCCAGCAUUGUGACUGGGGUUGUUCAGCAGGCUUUGCAGUCCGAUCCACGUAUCGGUGCAAGUCUCAUUCGACUUCAUUUCCACGAUUGCUUUGUCAAUGGAUGUGAUGCUUCGAUUCUGAUAGACAACAAUGGAACCAUACAAAGUGAGAAGGAUGCAGCCCCAAAUACUAACUCUGCUCGGGGAUUCAAUGUGGUCGACAACAUAAAAACCGCCCUUGAGAAUUCUUGUCCCGGAGUAGUCUCGUGUGCUGACAUUCUUGCCAUUGCCGCUGAAGCCUCCGUUUCUCUGUCAGGAGGUCCUUCAUGGAGUGUACAAUUAGGGAGAAGAGACAGCAAGACAGCAAAUCAGGCAGGAGCAAACACUUCAAUUCCAUCUCCCUUUGAAAGCUUAACUUCCAUCACUGCCAAGUUCUCUGCCGUUGGCCUCACUUCUACCGAUCUUGUUUCAUUAUCUGGUGCCCACACGUUUGGACGUGCCCAGUGUCGACUAUUCAGCAAUCGCCUGUACAACUUCAACAACACGGGCAAUCCCGACCCGACGCUCAACUCAACGUACUUGACCACGCUACAGCAAAUAUGCCCGCAAAACGGGAGCGGGGCCGCUCUGGCCAACCUCGAUCCCACGACCCCGGACGCCUUUGACAACAACUACUUCUCCAAUCUGCAGAACAACCAAGGCCUUCUCCAAUCCGAUCAGGAGUUGUUUUCGACACCAGGGGCUUCCACAAUUUCCAUUGUCAAUACGUUUGCCAGCAGUCAAAGCACUUUCUUUCAGAACUUUGCUCAGUCGAUGAUAAACAUGGGGAAUAUCGGGCCAUUAACGGGUAGCAAUGGGGAGAUUAGAUUGGAUUGUAAAAAGGUCAAUGGAAGUUGAGUUCUGAAGUGUUAAAGAAUUCAUCGAAAAUUCGAAGAAUUCCAAUGGUUUGAGUAGGGUCUUGUCACUUGUUUGUUUUUUGGUUACAAGUACUAAAGAAGUUCUGAUAAAAAAUAAAUAAAUAAAAUAAGUAGUACUAAAGAAGUGUCACAAGUAAAAAAGGCACUGUACUAUGUUCAUUGGGUGGGGACCAAUAUUUAUUUUUGUUUUUAUUGCCAACAUCAAUGGAGAUUUUAUUUGGUUA